GUCCUGGCCCAAAGGCUGCGGGCUGACUGACUCCCCCCCGACACCACUCCCUCCGCCCCACUCCCUCUCCCCACCCCCUCCCCCGCCCGCCCACCAAGCGACACUAUGAGGGCCGUUUUUGAGAAGGCGGGGCCUGAAGCUAAUUGAGGGAGGUCCCCGCUGCCUCCCGCUAUGGAGUCUACAUUCAGCAGCCCCGCGGAGGCGGCGCUGCAGCGAGAGGCGGGCGCUGCCGGGCUGCGCACUCCUCUUGGGGACCUGGACCGAGUGUAUGAGCUGGAGCGAGUCGUUGGAUUUGUCCGUGACCUGGGGUGUCAACGGGUGGCCUUGCAGUUCCCUGAUCAGCUAUUGGGAGAUGCUGGGGCCGUGGCUGCACGACUGGAGGAGGCCACAGGGUCGAAGGUGUUCAUUCUGGGAGACACAGCCUAUGGCAGCUGCUGUGUGGAUGUACUGGGUGCUGAGCAAGCUGGAGCUCAGGCCCUUGUACAUUUUGGCCCUGCCUGCUUAAGCCCUCCUGCCCGCCCACUGCCCAUUGCCUUCGUCCUUGGUCAGCGAUCUGUGGCCUUGGAGCUCUGCGCUAAGGCCUUCGAGGCCCAGAACCCAGACCCCACAGCGCCUGUGGUGCUGCUGAGUGAGCCGGCCUGUGCCCACGCCCUGGAGGCCUUGGCCACCCUUCUGCGCCCACGGUACCUGGACCUGCUUGUCUCCAGCCCAGCUCUUCCCCUGCCAGUGGGCUCCCUCAAUCCAGAUCCUGAGCCCCUGGAGCGUUUUGGGCGCCGCUUCCCCCUGGCUCCAGGGAGGUGUUUGGAAGAGUAUGGUGCCUUCUAUGUGGGGGGCUCUGAGGCCAUCUCUGACCCUGACCUUGACCCAGACCUGAGCCGACUGCUCUUGGGCUGGGCACCAGGGCGGCCCUUCUCCUCCUGCUGCCCAGACACAGGGCGAACUCAGGAUGAAGGUGCCCGGGCUUGGCGGCUAAGAGCACGUAGACACUAUCUGGUAGAGAGGGCCAGAGAUGCCCGUGUGGUGGGGCUGCUGGCGGGCACGUUGGGUGUGGCCCGACACCGUGAGGCACUGGCACACUUGCGGAACCUGACACAGGCUGCUGGCAAGCGUAGCUACGUGUUGGCCCUGGGGCGACCCACGCCUGCCAAGCUUGCCAACUUCCCUGAGGUGGAUGUCUUUGUGCUGUUGUCCUGUCCUCUGGGUGCCCUAGCCACCCAGCCUUCUGGAAGCUUCUUCCGGCCUGUAUUGGCACCGUGUGAGCUGGAGGCUGCCUGCAACCCUGCAUGGCCGCCUCCAGGCCUGGCUCCCCACCUCACACAUUACGCGGACUUACUGCCUGGCUCUCCCUUCCACGUGCCCCUCCCUCCACCUGACUCGGAGCUGUGGGACACCCCAGAUGUGUCACUCAUUACUGGGGACCUCCGACCCCCACCUGCCUGGAAGCCAUCAACUGAUCCUGGAUGCUCAGCCCUAACCCCGAGGCCCCAGCUGGAGCUGGCUGAGAGCAGCCCUGCAGCCUCAUUCCUUAGUUCCCGGAGCUGGCAGGGACUGCAACCCUGCCUGGGUCAGACGCCGGUGACGGCAGCUGUGACCGGAAGACGAGGGAUUGCCAUCGCCUACGAGGAUGAGGGAAGCAGCUGAUACCAUGUGGGGCCAGAGCCACAGGUGGACUUGAAGACCUUUAGUGCUCCCUGCACCAACCCCACUCUUCUGCCAGGAUCCUUGAAGGAGCCUGUCACUGAGGCAGCCCCUCACUGGGGAUAGGAUUCAGCUCUUCCUGUCCUGUCCUGGCGCUGGCACAAGGCUUAGCACAUAUUGGCUUGGUAAAUAUCUGUUGUUUGACUGAUGCGGAAACAGCUUUGGGUCUUCCCUGAAGCCUUCUGGGCCAUCUGUUCUCCUGGGAACAACAGCACAAGACAGUUGAGGGUCUGCCUUUGUUAAAGGCAGGUGCUAAAUGGUUUAGACCAUGGUUUCUCAAUCUUGGCACUAUUGCACUUUGGGCCAGAUAAUUAUUUGUUGUGAGGGGCUGUCCUGGGCAUUGUAGGAUAUUUAGCAUCAUCUCUGGUUUCUGCCCAGUAGGUUCCGGUAGUACGCCCCUCCCCAGUUGUGAUGACCAGAAAUGUCUCCAGAUGUUGGCAAAUGUCCCCUAUGGGGGCAAAAGCGUCCCCAGUUGAGAACCACUGGUCUGCACCUAUGCUGUCCAAUACAGUGGCCACAUGUGGCUGUUCAAACAUAAAUUUGAAUUAAGUAAGAUUAAAAAUUGAGUUUCUCAAUCACACUAAUCACAUUUCAGUGCUCAGAUAGCCACAUGAGAGGACAGUGCGGCUAUAAGACAUUUCCAUCACUGCAAAAAGUUCUGUCGGGCAGUGCUGGUCUGCACUGACUCCAAUUAGUUUCUCAGGGAGAUCACAGAAAUUUGAAUA